UUUGCUAGGUAUUCUUUUACUUGAAGUUUAUCGUUCGUCACAGUUGUCUCCCGACGUGACGGAUAGGAGGGCGUCCCAGCUGACUGUAGUUCUUCAUUGUGCGUGCAGUAAACCUCAUUAUAAUCAAGUGCUUUGAAAACGAAGAGUCCCACCUCAAGGCCUGUUAUAAAACACGCGCUAACUGCUUGUAAAGAAGAAGCAGAUUAAAAUGCGAGAAAUUGUGCAUAUCCAGGCCGGCCAGUGCGGCAAUCAAAUCGGUGCAAAGUUUUGGGAGGUGAUAUCGGAUGAGCACGGAAUUGAUCCCUCAGGAGCAUAUCAUGGAGAUUCCGACCUACAACUUGAAAGGAUCAAUGUCUACUACAACGAAGCAAUGGGUAAGAAGUAUGUACCUCGAGCGAUUCUUGUCGACUUGGAGCCCGGUACAAUGGACUCGGUUCGGGCAGGUCCUUUUGGAGAACUCUUCCGUCCCGACAACUUCAUCUUUGGUCAGAGUGGUGCCGGAAACAACUGGGCAAAGGGUCACUACACAGAAGGCGCCGAAUUAGUUGAUGCUGUAAUGGAUGUGAUUAGAAAGGAGUCAGAGAACUGUGACUGUCUACAGGGCUUCCAGCUAACACACUCACUCGGUGGAGGCACUGGAUCUGGUAUGGGGACGUUACUCAUCUCAAAAAUACGUGAAGAAUACCCAGACCGGAUCAUGAGUUCUUUUUCCGUUGUCCCAUCGCCAAAGGUCUCUGACACAGUCGUCGAGCCCUAUAAUGCCACACUUUCGGUUCACCAGCUUGUCGAAAACACCGACGAGACCUUUUGCAUCGACAAUGAGGCUCUCUACGAUAUCUGUUUCCGUACGUUGAAGCUGACCUCGCCAACCUACGGUGACCUGAACCAUUUGGUAUCGGCCACAAUGUCUGGCGUUACCACGUGCCUUCGCUUUCCUGGCCAACUCAAUGCCGAUCUUCGAAAGCUCGCAGUUAACAUGGUACCGUUUCCACGAUUGCAUUUCUUCAUGCCGGGCUUUGCCCCGCUUACCGCCCGUGGCUCACAGCAAUACCGUAUGCUCUCGGUGCCGGAGUUGACCCAACAAAUGUUCGACUCUAAAAACAUGAUGACGGCCUGCGACCCCCGACACGGCCGGUAUCUGACCGUGGCUGCUAUUUUCAGGGGCCGGAUGAGUAUGCGCGAAGUUGACGAACAGAUGCUUGGUGUUCAGAAUAAGAACUCGUCGUACUUCGUUGAAUGGAUUCCCAACAAUGUCAAGAUUGCGGUCUGCGAUAUUCCUCCACGAGGCCUUAAAAUGUCCGGAACCUUCAUUGGAAACUCAACAGCUAUUCAAGAAAUCUUCAAACGUAUCUCAGAGCAAUUUACGGCGAUGUUCCGCCGAAAGGCUUUCCUUCACUGGUAUACAGGUGAAGGUAUGGACGAGAUGGAAUUUACUGAAGCCGAGUCGAACAUGAAUGACCUCGUGUCUGAGUACCAACAGUAUCAAGAGGCAACGGCAGACGACGGGGACGUCGAGGCAGAAUUUGAAGAAGGGGAAUAUGAGCGUGAAGUGCCACAGGAGGAAGUAGCUGAAUAAUCGAGUAAUUGGGUUGUGAAGGAUCUAAAAGUUCGAAAAACCGAACUUUAUUCAGCCACGCACUGAAGUUCAAGUACGAAACGGACAAAUUAUCUAUUUUUAUAUAUUAAACGGCUAUUUAUUAAAAAAAAACCACGUAGUUCUUGUAAUUACUUGCCUAUGCGUCGACUAAUUUAGAGGGAAGGAAGCAAAGCUUCCAGUUCAGUCAGGUGCUACGGAGUUGUUGAAAUUUGGCAAAAUAUUAUUAAGAUCCAAUAAUUAGGCUUAGAGGGUGGGAGAUAUAGCAUUACGAACCCGAAAUCUUUAAGGCAAUUUCUAUUUUCUGUGUUUGUUUCACAAAUAAACCAAAUAGCCUUUCGUAAAGGCGGCUGCAGGAUGUUCCUUGCUGUUGUUCGUCAAACACUUCGAUGAGUUUUAUUAUGUGUUGCUGGUUUGUCUAGGCAGUACGGAGCAGAUGGUCAGGGCUUCAUUAUGUAUACGGUACUUCAUCGGCUCAAUUACGCAAAAUGACCUAUUUAACUCGUAUUCAAGUAACGGCAACGAUGCUUUUCCCGAGCCUUUGAUUUUUGAGUUCCUUCCGUCGCCAAUCGGACCUCUCGUACUUGCUAAAUGGUGUUGCGGUGCCUGUGGUUAGGACACUACAAUAGGUAAAAAUAUAUCUGUUGCACAUGCGUUAUAAUAUAUAAUUGGGCCUUGCGCGAUCGGAGCUAGCGUCGAAAAUGGGCUGCUUUCGACGUGACCUUCAUUACGCUGACCAUUCUCAUUAAAUCUCGCUAAAUAUGAACGUGUUUUCUCGACACGCAAUUAACGCUCGUACACUUUGUAACAUCGAGUGUAUGUCCGAUGACAAAGAUCUAAUUUCGACGACGUUACUCAUAGUAUAAUCAGUGGCGACGUUUUUCGGUCUAAAAAAAAACAUUGAUUGUUUGCCAGGAAACGCCAGAUGUCAGGUUCAGAUGUUUAAACUAUUGUUAGCAAGUGUUCAAGGCCGAACUUUGCUGAUCUCAAUUAGACGAAACAGACUAUCGAGCCAUAUGUCACAGCACCAUACGUAGGCAAAUAUUUUGGGACAUAUAUAACACACCGUAAGAAAAUGUUAGGUCAGAGCAUUUUUUCCCAUUAAUUUGAAGUUACAUUAUCAACUUAUAAGGUAGGACAAAGAUGCUUACUGUGCCAGGUCAUUUUUCUCCACUUUAAUAGGACAAUGCCAGUAGCAUUUAUGUUAGACGUAUUAUACAGCGUUAUUUAGUAUGUUUAUUUCAAAAUUGAAAUUGUUCGGAAACUCUAUUCAAGACAGAUUUUUCAUUCAGUUUAAUGUGACGUUAGGUUGACGUGAACAUAUAAAUAAAUGCAUUAGUUCUACGAGUUACCUUAACUUUUAAACGUCCGUAUUUAACGUAUCGCCGUCUACGAAUGUCGUUAGUUAACUGUAACUGUAUUUCGUACGUUAUAUUCGUCCAAAGCCUAUGCAAGUUUGAUUUUUUUUUUGACAAAGAUACGUACACUUCAAUCACUAAUUAAGAUAUUCUAUGAAAGACAGAACUGGAAAAUUAGCCUCAUCGAAGCCACCAAUGGCAAUUAGCUGAUCACUGGAUUACCUAUCAAUCAACCGGAACAUUCUCUAUGCAUCUACAGACGACAAUCAAUUAUGACUAAGUAGAAUGUGGAAAAUAGGGAUAGCUUAUCCAGCAUAUUAUGAAGGCGCUUUAUCCUAAUAGCAUAGCCCACGGUAAUUUUUAUUAAUAGAUAAAAACACAUGUCAGGUCUCAAUAACGCCUACAUAAGCGUAUUACCUAUACGGAAACACAUACUGCGCGUAGUAAAAUUUAUUUUCAAAACAUAAUAUAUAUUGACAUAAAAAAUCUUCAAAACGUACUGAAGUAUUUAAUUUUAAUAAUCGCAGGUUUUUUUUUCUUUAUUUAUACAACAUUUGUGAUGUGUACAACCUAUGUAGUUGUUACCUACACAACUGUGAGCACCCAUCUUGCGAACGGUGAGAUUUACCAGCCAAAAUUUGGUAACGUAGUUUAUCGGAAACCCAAAAACGUACCCAAACGAAACCCAAAACAAUGCAACUGUACGUUUCCUCGGAGUGCUACUGCUUUAUAGAUCUUUUAUAAACGCCUUUAUGUUUCCUUUGAACGCCAUCUCGGGCAUUAAAUCUCCAAAAUUUGGAACAAUAAAGCUCUAACUAUAUUUUUUUAAAUUGACAUUUUUCAACUAGUUUGAGUUUACAGGUACUUUUGGGGAAUUUUCGACCGUAAUUAUCUCCAGGUAGGCUUUCCUUCGAACUUACGACUUUAAAAUGCGGCUGUGUCUGGUGGUUCCUAUCACCUCUAUCUAUAUGAAGCAAAAGCAAUAAAUAUCAAAAAGCUUUUUUUGUUUUACUAUUUCAAAAGAAUACUUUUCAGUGAUUACAUACCAGAUGUCUAUAUUCCAAUGAGCUUCACGAAGUCUCUAGGAAACUCUCCGAAACAAAUUCUGUGUAAUUUUUUUUUUCGAAAUUUUAGAAACCUUGUAAGUGUUCGAUAGUACUAGAUCCUUUUACCCUGAGAAAAUAAAUUAUAGCAAGGUCUCGACUUUUAGCGUAAAUCUUACCGUAUCAGUUGUUAAUGUACAUUAGACAAAAUGUGCUUUAACGCCCUGCCUGUAAACCAAAUCGUUCGCGGAAAACAUAAAUUAUUAGUGCUAAAUUUUUCGAAGAACCCCAUUUUCCGAUAUGCUUGUUACGUAUUACUGUUAAGCUUGACCGUGCGUCGCAAAGGGUCAAAAGUUUUAUAGAAAUCGCCUCGAGUGUGAAAUGUGUAAGUUUUAACAGAAACGAGAAGUCAGACUUCAAGACGAAGCCUUUUGAACCCCCAGAUUUUGCUCUGGCUAGUCGAGCUGGAGAGCCGACGGAAUUCAUAAUGAACACAUAAAAAGACGAUGGCGUCUGCACAUCGUUGUACGUGCUUCUUUAGCGUUUGCUUUGAUUUGCGAAGAAAUGAUUAACGGUCGCUAUCUCCAAAGGGAUGGGAGACAAAGCUGGCACAACAAGUAGUGCAAUUUAAUAUACACGGGUUGCUAAAAGACAUAAUUCAAAGAAAUUUAAUUAUCACUGAUGAAUGGAUAUUAGGAAAAAAUCAGCGUCAAACGAACGAUAGAAUUAUUUUUCCAAGGAGACAAUCCAAGUUCAUUUCAGCUCCGGCCCGUCCUUGAAGCUCAAAAAGUGAAGCAGAUGUGCUAUCACACAUGAAUGUCACCCAGACGGAAAAAUCUCGAAAAAACAACUACUUUACGUACCUACACUUAAUUUUAAUAAAAUCUAAAAGUUUUUUUUUACAGAACACGACGAGAAAAGCGUCAGGAAGGCAAUGGUGCGAGCAAUCACUAGUGGCAAGUCCGCGAAAUCUAUCCGUAGACGCCACGGUGAGACUGAUGAGCCUAAAUCUAACUGCAAGAACUGCGGCUUACGAUAUCCAACUUAUCUGAAAGAAGUUCAGUAAUCGAGCUUUAACAAUGGCAGGCGAAAUCAGAGUCCCAAAAUAGGCAUUCGAUCUUUACACGUCAGUCUGGUAUAUCUACUAGCUGAUUCGUCAUCGUUCGUUAAAGAUAUGCGCAGAAUUUUCGCCCUGUGCAAAGCAGUAACGUAUUACAUCUUCAUAGUUAGAUAGACAGACAACAAACAAAACGACUGUAGACCUUUCUUUUUUACAUCACUUGCAAUCUACGGAUCUUAUCUGUAAACACACGAAUUUUGCCUUUACCCAGUUAUACCAUGGACUAGAUGAAAGCUGGAUUUGUAAAAUUUAGUACUGCAGAUAUCUUCCCGGGCAAUGUAACUAAAUCGGAUCAUUGAAUCACCAUCACUGAGCCCGCUAGUUCAGAUACGUUGGGUUUUAAAGUAAAUCAGAGGUUCCAAUGUAGGCAAGUGUUAGUUUCAUAUAUAUAUACGUAACUUCUAUGCAUGGGUUGUACGAAAUAAACCUGACUGAUUGCCAUGCUUGAUUCAAUACCAGUCAUGUUUAACUUACCGCUCAUCUCAAUCAUAUUUAUCGCUGUCGUAGAUUUUUGUUUUCUGACAGUGCCUGCUUCACAGAACCAGAUAAAGUUACUAAGCUCGAACGGCCAUUACUGUUGCUAUUACAGCAUAAAUGACAUUUAUUUUUCGUAAUUUUUUUUAAUACUCAGGCUAAGUUUUUGAUCGCUUGCUAUUCCUCGAAUCAAAUUAAGCAUGAAGAUAUUUAAGUCGGCAAAAAAAAACUUAUCUUUUCCUUUGAUGGUAUGGUGAGUAGUGCCAAGUUAUAAAACGUCAAGCGUUCGACCCUAUUCCUGCCCAAAAAGAGAUACUUAUUAAAGGAAUAAUUUGCCUAUUCGAGCAAAGCAAACAAGUAAAAAUUAGGUAUUUAAGAGUGUCCGAUAUUUGGUCUUGUGUGAUCUUCAUUUUACUACUUGUUUCACAGGUACUCAGUAUCAAAAAUUUGUCAUUUGUCUGAUCAAUUGAGAGCUCACCCGUGCAAUCAGUAGUUUAAGAUCAUCAGGCCAACAGCUACUUUAAAUUUGUAAAACAAGCGUAUUUAUAUACAUAAAGCAAUAAAAAUAUAAUUACAAGCAACUAAGUACUGAGAGAGCACCUGUAUAUUCAUAUUAACUUUAUGAUGAAGUAUUUCAAAUAAAAAAAAAAACGUGAACGAUUUAAAAGGUAUAUAAGUUAAGUGACACUUAGAGAGUAAAUUAUAUGUACUGCUGUUUAAUGAACGUCGCUCCUGCAGUGACUAACGGCAUAACUUCAAAAAAGGAGAGACUUAACAUGGAGAGAGACAAAUCAAGUGUCUACGAUACUCGACAUCAUCGAAUCUCUGAGAUUUCCUUGAUGAUGUUUAAAUCUAGCUAAUGUAUAUAAGGUACAAAUGCUGUUAUUUAGGUUCGUGCGAUAAAGCACAAUUUCGAUAUGAUGCUAUAUUUAUUAUUUUAUUUGUUGAUUUAUGCGAUCCAAUACUCUAUUACUACCGAGUUAAAGGCUCAAUGCUUCCCUUAAUUAGUUCAGGGGCACCGACUACCGAUAUAUCCUAAAGCAAUAUACGCACGCAUCGAAUAUGAUUGAUAAAAUAAUAUGCUUUAUUUCACUAAUAACUAAAAAUUCUUAGGCAUACGAAUGUUGCGAUAUACUUUAUAUAUAUAUAUAUAUAUAUAUAGCCAAAUUAGUAAACAGUUAAGAAAAAACCAAUCGUCAAAUAAAACCAAAUUUUUUAUAUUCAAACCUCUCGUCGAUCAGCAGGAAGAUCAAUAUUUUUUGAAAACAGUGGAUUCGGUUGAAGAUCAAAUUUGACUGACACAUUUGUAGAUGACCUCUGGCGAAUAAUUAAAUCAGCGCUAAGUGUGAAUCACCGAUAAUUAUAAUAGUGAGUAAACAGUGGUCUUCUAAUAAAUAUUGAAAAGACACUGUAAAUACCAGAAAGUUCCAUUCUCGAAAAAGCUAAAGUUAGCUUUCUGAAAAAAAGCUAAAAUGUGUGUGUGUGUUUUUUUUACUUA